UUAACCACUUCCCGUCCGGCCUGCUGUAUAUAAAUGGCCGGACGGUGGCAAUGCAGGGGCAGGUUGCCGUUCAUAAACGGUGCCCGCCGUUUUGGAUUGUGCGCGCUCCCUGGGAGCUCACGGCACCGCGAUCCGCUGUAUGGGACCUCUAUGCGAGGUCCCGAUCAUGUGAUCACUGAUUGGCCAAUCAGUGAUCACAUGAAUAGGUGUAAGCAAGAUGUCACUUCUGACAUUGCUUACUACAUGUGAAAUCUGUGAUCAUUGAGAAGUACUGAGUGAGCUGUGAUUGGUCACAGCUUGUCACAUGGUACAAGGCUGUUGUGAAUAGCCUUGUACCAUGUGACCUCUGUGAUCAUUCACAGAUUUCACACGUA